UGGAAACAUGGCGGACGUCCGAGUUGGCUGUGGUUGAUCUCUACUUCGAUAGACUUGUUUGACGAUUUCUAAGCAAAGGAUUCUUGUCAAGAGUCUGGUUAUGUUCACUGAGCACAGGUUCUGAUACUUUAUCAAAGGAUGGCUGAUAGCACGUGGUGGAAACUGGUUAUCAAGUCACAAUCUGCUUGUGGAGGAAUUCAGUGUAUUGUGUUUACUACAUUGCUGACUGGCAUUCUUGCUGCUCUGGGAGGCUAUCAUGCCAAAGAUAGACUUAACUUCAGCUGCGAUCCCAAACCCAGUGAUUUUAACAGAAAUACUUGCUAUAACAAGUACAUUGACACAAUCAGCAAGCCUCAUGGGUUAAUACCUUUGAAUGUUGUUGCCCUAACCUGGAGUGUUUUGUGUGUAUGUUGGAUCUGCUUUGCAAUUUUUGGUGCCGUGCUCCUUCAAAAGAUCGAAAGUUCAAAGGACGAUGUCAAACCCAGAAAGACUUUUUGCUGCAUCUACUUUAUCCAUGUGUUCUUUCGAAUAUUUUUCCUGGGUGGUAUGUUGGGGCUGUCCUGCAGUUACCCUGCAAUUGAUUUACCUUCCACUUAUAAGUGUGAAGUUCAUCAGACCCCGCAGCACAACAAUCAAACCACACAAAGUUCACUUCACCCAACAAAAAUGACAUUGCACUGUAAAGAUCUUCAUUACAAACAGAAAUCAACUCUUAAUAAAGUUAUUAUUGCUGUGGAUGCAUUGUAUAUCAUGUGUGGUAUUUUAGAAGUGCUGCACCUGUGGUGUACAGAAGGACCUGUUCAGCAAAAGUUACUUGGAGAUCUUGAAAGUGUUGAGCUUGGCUCUCUACUUGGAAGUAAACCUGAGAAACCAACUAUCACAAAUACAGAGAGUGAAGUUGACAAUGAUUUCACUGUGACCUGGUCAGAAAUAAAGGCUAACAGCAGUAAAUGCAGCAUUAAAUACCGUCUGGAAUGGACGAAACAACCCAUGACACAAUUUACAGUACCGGUUGAACGGGGAAACAUUGUGGAAACUCACUACAAGAUAACUGGUCUCGAGUAUGACGCAGAGUACGAAAUGAAGCUUUUUGCUGUCAACAAACAAGAAGUCAGUGAGCCAGAUGUCAGAACAUUUAAGACAAAGAGUGGUAAUGCAGUAAAUGGUUUGAACCCGGGGGUAACAUGUGAAGGUGUAGUCUGAU